AUGGCGGCGUCAAUGCCUAUAAAUCCUAAACCCUUUUUAAAUAGCCUAACAGGAAAGGCUGUAUUAGUCAAAUUAAAAUGGGGACAUGAAUAUAAAGGACUUUUAGUGUCUGCCGACGGUUAUAUGAAUUUGCAAUUAGCAAAUACAGAAGAGAUAGUCGAUGGCUCUUGUACAGGUAAUUUGGGAGAAGUUUUAAUUAGGUGUAAUAAUGUGCUGUAUGUAAGAGGUGCCGAGGAAGAAGAUGAAGAAGGAGAAAUGAAAGAAUAA